AUGGCGUCAAGGAAGAAGGUCCUCCUCAAGGUCAAUAAGAAGUUCAGCGGAAGCUAUAAGGCGACUAUCGGAGCCGAUUUCCUCACCAAAGAAGUCCUCGUCGAUGAUCGACUGGUGACAAUGCAGAUUUGGGAUACUGCCGGCCAAGAACGGUUCCAGUCAUUGGGAGUGGCGUUCUACAGGGGUGCCGAUUGCUGUGUGCUAGUCUACGACGUGAACAACUCCAAGAGUUUCGAGGCCCUCGACAGCUGGCGAGAUGAGUUCCUGAUCCAGGCAAGCCCGAGGGAUCCUGAGAGCUUCCCAUUCGUAAGUGGCGCUCCCGCAUUCCUUUCACUUAUCUCGUGCACCACAGCAGACAAAAAUGAUAUGAUGGUCCGUGCUGAUGAUCAUGUGCAGGUUGUCAUUGGUAACAAGAUUGAUGUGGAGGAGAACAAGCGGAUGAUCUCCUCAAAACGGGCCAUGACCUUCUGUCAGUCGAAGGGUAACAUCCCUUACUUCGAGACCAGUGCCAAGGAAGCUGUCAAUGUUGAGCAGGCAUUUGAAGUUAUUGCACGAAGUGCCCUCGCGCAGGAAGAGGCCGAGGAAUUCAGCGGUGAAUUCAGUGACCCGAUCAACAUUCAUCUGGACAACGACCGCGAUGGCUGUGCCUGUUGA